AUGAAAGAUAGAAAAUCAAUAAAAGAGAUGAGAGAUAUAUUAAAGAAAAGACCAAAGAGCAAGUCAAAAGAUGUUACAGUAUUUACAGUAGAACUAUUGAUGGUAGCUGAUGUUUCGGUGAAAGACAGAUUUAUGGCACUCUACAGAAAAAAGGAUGCUUUAGGGGUGUUGAAAACAUACUUUGAAUUGAUUGCUUUUUCAGUUCAAGACAGGUUUGAUUCCAUAUCCGAAUUAUACCCCGAUACAGUUGUGAAAAUAGAACUCAGUGGAAUAGUUAUCAUGAAUACAACAGAUGAUGCGCCUUUCUGUAGAGAUAAUAUAAGAAAGGGUUAUCUCCAAUUUGAUCCAGCUUUAGAUGACUUUGCAAUGUGGUCCCUGGAAACUGAGGAUUUGCCACCUCAUGAUCAUGCAAUGUGGAUAACAGAUGAAAUUUUAGCUCAUGGUCGGGAUACGUCUACUAAUGGCGUAUCGUAUAUUGGAAUGGCUUGUACUAAUGGUAAAGUCUCCAUAGUAGAAGAUUAUUAUACGGGAAGGACAGGCCAUAUUGCAGCGCACGAAUUAGGACAUAAGUAUGCUUUUUAUUUCUAA